AUGAAGACUCUGGUUCUUCUGGCCGCAGUGCUUGCAGCUGCCUUCGCCAGGCCUGGUGGCGUGGCUAAACAUGCACACUCACCAUGUUCGCCAAAAAGGGGGACAUCCGGCACUGUCAUCCCAAAAGACAGAAUUGGAGCUGUCGUACAAAAAGUAGAUGCUGCAAUAGUUAAUAGUGAAUGGGUCCGGUCUGAAAUGGCCGUCACCAAAGUGUCAAAUUUGUCUCCUUAUCCUGAAAACCCUGACAGUUCCUCAGAGAGUAAACCGAACGCCAACCAUGAGAUAGGUCUGGCUUCUGGAGGGAGACUGCCCUCACCCAGCUCCAACAGUCCGUCUACAACGCCGUCAGCUCUUAAGAAUGUUGCUAGUUUCGAGGAAACUUUCAGCUCAGAAACGUCCAACCUGUCGCUUCACCCUGAAAAAUCUGUAAGUCACUCAGAGAGCAAACUGAAAGGCAACUGUAAGAUAGGCCUCUCUUCUGAUGGCAGGUUGCCUUCACCUAGCUCCAACACACCGUUUGCAGUCUCGUCAUCCCCUACGAAUGCUGCUAGUGUCGAAGAUAUUGACAGCUCCGAAACGUCCAACUCGUCUCCUUCCACCGAAAAGCCUAACAGUUCCUCAGGGAGCAAGCAGAACCCCAACCACAAGAUUGGUCUCGCUACAGAUGGUAAACUGCCUUCAGCUGGCUACAAUAGCCCGUCUGAAAUGUCGUCAAAUUCUAAGGAUGCUGCUAGCCUCCGGAAUACUGACAGUUCCGAAAUGUCCGAUCUAUCUCCUUACCCUAAUAGACCUGACCGUCCAUCAGAGAGCAAUCUGAACACCAGUCGUAAGACAGGUCUCGCUGCUGGUGGCAAAUUACCCUCACCUACCUCCAACAGUCCGUCUCUAAUGUCGUCAACACCUAAGACAGCCGCUGGUCUCGAAAGUACUGAUAGUUCCGAAACGUCCAUCUCGUCUCCUUCCGCCGAAAAAUCUGAUAGUUCCUCAGAGAGCACGUUUGAUGCCAACCGAAAGGUAGACCUCGCUUCUGGUGACAAAUUGCCCUCAGCAAGCUCCAGAACCCCGUCUGAAACGUCGUCAACCCCUACGACUGCUGAGAGACAUCAGGAUACUGAUAGCUCCGAAACUUCCAACUCGGUUCCUUCCUUCAAAAGACCUUGCAGCCCCCCUGAGAGCAUGAUGGAAGACAACAGUUCAUCGGAUCUGUCUUCUGGUGGUAAACUGCCCUUACCUGGCACUGUGUGUCCUCCUCCAAAAUCGCCAUCUGUUAAGAAUACAAACAAUCUCCCAAAAUUUCAAUCCUCCGAUGUUUCUCAGUCCGACAACGAGGCCAAAGAUCACUUACCUAUCAGUAACGCAUUUCAGAAUUUUCCUGGAAGUAGCUUGCUAGCUAGUUCUUCUGUUAAGACCCAAGAAAGCGUUUCCAAAAGUCCGGGUAAUUUUGCCAGUAUAGAGAGCUCCACUGCAUCUGUCAACAAUCCUAGAGCCGAUUCAUCAGACAGCACCUCCUUUGGAGAUCUCCCUGUCCGCAACGUUCCACCAAGUCCGUCUGCUGACCCCCAUGCAGAUUCUCCUCCUGCUGUCUCCCCACGCUAUCCCACCAGUCACAUUGCUCCUGCUGCACCUACCACUACUGUUCUCAACCUGAAGGAUGCCUACAAUUACUGGCCUUACAGCAGUCUUCUCUACAACCAUCCACCCAACACGUUCAUCGUCAGCGUACCCCUGACAGCGAUGUGCUCUCCUCCCAGCUCUAACAACGCCAUGUUUGGUCUUCCCAUAAGCAGUCCGUUUGCUGAUCUUCCCGCCCAUAGAUUCUCACCUGACCUUACUGCUCUCUCCAACAAUAUUAUGGACGCAGUACAGGGUGCAGCUGUGGCAAACUGGCUGGCCAACUAUGCUGUGAUUCCACAACAGCUCUCACUGGAUGAAUUUAAUAAGGUACCAGCAGCACUCAUGUCGUUAUCGUCACAGGUUGGGGCAGUCUACAACGCCGAGGAUCCAGAAGACGCUGUAGAUGCCGAUGUCGACGCUCCACUUUGUGCCGCUAUCGGUCCAGUGGCUGAACCACUGGGACUACCUGCAGACACCACCAGUUCCGCUGCACCAUCGAGCACGGCACCAAAUAUUGUCACCUUCGGUGGCGUUCCUGUCCGCAUAUGGGCGCCACCAGCUGGUCCAUCUACGAGCCAGGUUCCAGGCAGCAUCAACUUCGGUAGCUUUCCUCUUCCUACCACAGUCAGACAGGCAGCAGCACCAGUGAACGCUGUUCAGAACACAAUCAACUUUGGGGGCAUGUCUGUUCGCACACUGGGCCAACCGGCAACUGUACCAAUGAGUGUGACUUCAAACAUCAUCUCCGUCGGUGGUUGGCCAAUGAUCAGAAGGCUGCUGCACUAA